AUGUCUAACGCAUUUGGCCCAGAGAGACCGAAAAUUGAUGGCGGAUUUGAAAGAGAUUCUGAAGAAGACCUUCUCAAACAAAUGAAUAAAGUUCCUUUAUUCAUGAAUGAAUUGCCAGAGGAGGAAAAUGAUGCACUUGCGGCUUUACAGUCUUUAAUUUACGAAGGCCCACCUGAAGAAAUCGCCGAGAAUUUUAAAAACCAAGGGAAUGAAUGCUUUAAAGCUGGCAAAUCACAAUAUCAAGAUGCGAUAAAUUAUUACACGAAAGCAUUAGAAACAAAUUGUCAAGACAAUAAAAUAAUCGAAGCUUGUCUAACAAAUCGUGCAGCCGUUAACUUAGAAUUGCAAAAUUAUCGUAAAGUCCUUACUGAUUGUGCAAAAGCCAUUAAAUUAAACCCUAGAAACAUCAAGGCAUUCUAUCGCUCUGCAAAAGCUUUACAUGCACUUGAUAAAAUUGAUCAAGCUUUAGAUUGUUGUGAACAUGGGCUUAGAAUAGAGCCAAAUAACUUGGCUUUACAACAGCUUAAAGAGACUUGUAUUAAACGGAAAGAGAUAAUAGAACAAAAAGCUAGAAUUAAGGAAGAGCGUGAACGAAAGGAACGAGAAACAAAAGAGGCAUUAGAGAAUGCUAUAAAGAUACGUAAUAUUAAAAUGGAAACAACUCCCAAUACACCAAUAUCACCACACUCGGUACAUAUAGAUACUGAAACUCAACAAUUAAUUUGGCCUGUCUUUUUCCUAUAUCCAGAAUAUAAAGAAUCAGAUUUUAUUGAGGCAUUUAACGAAGAAAAUACUUUUUUAGAUCAUCUUGAAGUGAUUUUUGAACAAUUAGCACCUUGGGAUAUAGAACAUAAGUAUACACCAGAUAAUUUACAAAUUUACUACGAAUAUACACUAUCAACUGGUAAUGAAGAAAAACAAAAGCUAAUCAGGGUUGGAAAGAAUUGCACUUUAAAAGAAGUAUUGUCACAUCCGAAAUAUGUUGUAAAAAAUGGUAUCCCUAGUUUUAUCAUUUUGCAACGUCAAGGAAAAUUUCAAGAAGAAUUUUUGGCGAAAUACAAAAGUUAA